CUCGGAUAGAAUCGCUUUCAAAAUCUCAUCGAUUCGUCGUCGUAGUUUGCACCCUUGAGGGGGGUCGACGACGAAUCUCCCUGAAGUGAGAGGAACGUAUAGUUGGCGAGCCUGCAACGGGGCUGCUUUGCCGCUGCGAGAGGAGCAAAACAAUAUGCAUUCGCGGCCAUAUUUGUUUACCGAUGAUCGAUUGAACGUGUCGGAACGCGAAUACACUCGCGCAACAGCCUGAUAUGUGUGAUGGAUUAUACGUAAACUUAUAUCUAAAUAUAUAACAGUAAAGUAGGCACUUAUCCUAUGAAUAAACGGACAAAUCCAUGAACGAAUUGUAAAAGCAAUGAAAAAAUUACAUAACCAAACUUUUAUACGUAAAUGACUGUAACGAUUUAUGAACGUGUAUCUAAGUCUGAUGAAAUAUGUAGGUCUGAAAAAAUGUUCGAGAAAAAUGCGAAGCUGUGAAGUAUGUCGAAAAUUCGGAAAAAAAGGGCAAGAAUUUGUAAAAGAAUAUUCGAAAAUGAGCGUAACGUUGACGUAAUUUCAUAAAUUUCCUCGAUUCCCCGUUCAAGUUCGUAAAAAAAAUUUGUGAUGAAAUGCAAGUAGAUGGCGCUGUCGCGCAGCAACGACGAUGGUGUUCGAGGGAUGAAAACGUGUGAUGCAAUAACAAAUAUGGCGGGACAUAGAAUUUGGUCACGCGUCUCAUUGGCGCUUUUUAGUUUGGAGGUAACGAGGGGAGAUUUGACGCCAGAUGUCCUUUCUCCGAGUACUGGAGAUUCUCGAGCCACCCUCUUUCUCUCUACGCUGUAUUGUGUAUUAUUUUUCUUUAUUUUUGUACGGAACGAGAGAGAGGGCCCGCGUACCAUAUAUAAACGGGUGCGCGACUGCGCUUUGACGCCCUCGCUCGCCAUGCUGCUUCACAUAUAUACAAAACCGUGUAUAUUUAUUUUUUUCCCCCCUAACGAGGCGAGCGCAUGACCAGAGCGAAAAUCGUAUAAGCGUACAGGCGAAACAGUAGGGAAACAGCAGCGGUAGAGAACAGUAUAUGGAACGAGUUGAGGUGUGAUUUUGAGAAUAAGGGGAUAGUAGAAUAAAAAUUACAAGUUUUUGAGUAUGAAGAGGACGUGAAUCGAGUGUGAAAACGGGAAAAUCGACAUCGUGUUAUUUUUUCGUUACUUCCGAUCAAGCCGGCUCGUUAUCAACGGAAGAGUAAUGAAUAGGGUUGAUUUUAAAAACAGAAGAAAUUAAAUGCAUGAGCAAAGUUCUCAUUAACUGAAAAUAGGAAUUAUCAGGUUGACGUCGAGUUCGAAAUGUAUUUUGAAAUAAUCACAAUCGCGAGGCUGGGCAUUCGUGUAUCUAGUUAACUAAAGGGAGGCAGAGAACUAAACGUUUAAAAAAAGCUCAAUUCUAUCUACGAGAAGUGUGUUUACGGGCACUACUGUUUGGCCAAUUAGAGCGAGUACAGUGCGUGCUGAAAGUUAUGGAGUCCGGAAGUGAUUACUGGAAAAGCCUGUGAGAUGAUUUCAUCUUUAAUAUUUCUUGCAGGCUUGUCAUUCUUGGCAUAAUUCGUUUUUUCGUGCGAUUAAUAAAUAACGGCGAAAGUGUAAAAGGAAUUUUUUUCGUGUGUAAAAGAGAGAAAGAGGAAAAAAGUGCUUCGACGCGAAAGAGGCGAGGAUGGAACGAGCAUGAGCGAAAGAUCGAUCGCUAUAUAGCGAAGGAGAGAGCGCGGGCUACGAGAGGACAAAAUUUUUGUAAUAGUUUCUCUCUCUCUCUUUUCUUUCUUUCUCGUCGCUCUCUCUCUCUCUCUCUCCCUCUCGCUACAGCAGGGCAGCUCUCUUUUACUUCUCGUGCUCCUGCGACUAAACGUCCUAUCUUCGCAUGUCAAACCGUACACACGGUUCGCUCGCCUCAGCAGAGUGCACGCCUCGACUCAUCGACGGGACGGAUUGCUAUACGAGGAAACGGGGCGCGAGACUCGAAUUAGAUGAUUAAAAAAGAAAAUCAAAUUUAAAGUCCUCGGGGGAGAGAGAGAGAGAGAGAAAAAAAGAGCUAAAUUGAAAGAUUGGAAAGUUAGAAAAUAACAAAACAGAAAACACGACGUUGGAGUUGAGAAAGAAAUGGCUUCGGGAUUGCCGGGCAGUCAUCGGAGGAAACUCGGUCCGGCGCCAAUAGCAUCGUUCGAGGAUCUUUCGGACGAGUUGGAAAACGAAGCGGAUGUACUAGCUGCCUGUCUGCCUCAACCACCACCACCACCACUACCACCCAACUCCAUCACCUACCACCACCACCACCAUCAUAACGUUCAAAUCCAAGAGGCCCCGAAAAACAUCGCCGAGGAAUUAUCAUUUAAAUUGUAAUGCAGGCUGAAGCGAGCGUGGUACGAAUGCCGGGAAUCGUCGAGGUCACCACACCCGUUAUUCCGGGAAGCUCUCUCAAAACACCCAGCACUCCUAGAAUCGACAUCAGUCGCGCAAGCAGCUCGUCCCAUCAUGAGGACAGCAACAACUCACGGGAAUCGUCACCCGAACGCGAGCUUCUUGCCGGAGGCGAGCCUCCGGUCGGAUGCAAGCUAUCACUCGGGUACAAGGAAGAUGUUCAAGACCUGCGAUCAUCGACGGAGGAAUUGGAUCUUCAGGACCCAAUUCACGAGCAAGAUCUCAAAAGGGAGGCGAAGAAAGCGCGGAGGAGAAGAGAGGGCGGAACGCAAUCGGAGUGCGGGGGCACGAGCUCGAGGCUGCAGGAACGCGAGCGCAAAGAUAGCAAUUGCUCGGAAAUCAUUUUGCUCAAUAUCAGUGGCAGAACGUCGAGAUUAUCCUCGGUUGGCAGUCAGGGCUCCGGAGUUUCCGGUAAAUUGUCGGUUCUCUCGGCCACGUCUUCCAGGUCACCGAGUCCUCACAAAUGUCUUUUGGAGACUUCGUUUUGCGGGAGCAAACCAACGUUGGCUGAUAAUUUGAUAGAGCCAUCGAAGCCGGAGACUGACGAUUUGGAAAAAAUACUUUUGAAGCGAGAGGCUGACACGACGAAGGCUCUCAUCCCUGACAAUAUAAAAGUGCCGAUUGUCGGUGGCAACAUCAAGCCUGAUCCUCUGGAUAAACCGAGACGACGCGGUCGCGAAGAAAGGAAAGAAAUAUUCAAGCGCGAAGUCGAAAUCACGAAGAAAGUCCUCGAAAGAGUCAACAUAGAAGUUCCCAUUGUGAUAAAAAAACCUGAAAGCCAUCAGGCCGAUCCUGAUAAAAUUGAAAAUACCAUGGUUGUUCAAGAUGUUCAAAAACCUGCGACUCUGAAUUUGAACGAAAAGAGGAAAAAGGCUCCAAAUUUUAAGGAAAUCCCACCGACAACACCGACCAAUAUUGCCAGCCUCGGGGGAAGCCCUAAAUUACCGAGGCAUCAGAAAAUUCGAGAUCUCGAGGGCUCCAGGACCCCGAGCCCUUCCUCGGUCUCGAGGAAAAGCAGCUUCGCUUCGUUGUUCAAGGACUGUACGACGAGUACAUUCUUAAGUAUAUUUUGCAAUUUAUCUCAGGGUAAAACGGAGGGAAGCGUGAUAAGCCCGGAAUCGCCGAGUCCGAGUACAAAGCCCCGUCGGAGUUUGACGACCAAAAUAAAAGACACGACGGAGAGUUUGAGGAGUAGAUCGAAAUCGCGUGAGCGUGUGUCGAUCGACAAGGGCUCAUCGUUGAAGCGUGACUCGAAAAACAAAAACGUCUUUACGUCUACGUUGAGUUUGUUUAAAAAACGGGAGAGAAAGAAGAGCACGGACGAUGGAACGAGCACGCCGGAAAUGGAAAUAGCGACGGGGGAUAAUCCCUCGUUAGAAAGUAUCGGAAACGUAGAAUUUACGUUCGACACCGAUCGAGCAAGCCGUAAGAACGAGGAUUCCAUUUUUAUAAGUCUUCAUGCAGAUUCGCGAAACUACGAGGUCGCUUUGCCUUCGGAGAGUGUUUCAAUCCCUCUGGAAACCCCGACUAAAUUAUUAGACGAGUAUGAGAAUGAAGCACCGAGCAGCAGCAUCGUAACGGAAGUUUCGAUCGAGCAUCAAGCUUCGAUAUCGAGGAUAAGAACGGAAGCCAAGAUUGAAAAUACGUGGUCGUCGAGUCGCGACAGUAUCCCCAACUCCUCGAGGCCGGCGAGUGUAACGAUCGAGUCUCAAGUUCCGAAAAGUAGCUCGAGAGAUUCAAAAAUUAGUGUCCAGAGCCCGGGAGAAAUAGCGGUCGUUUCGAGGUCCGGUUCCGUCGAUUUUUCAUCGAAAAUUGGCGAACUCCGAACCUCUACGAGCUUUGGAAAAAAUUCCGGUGAGAAGAAAUCCCCUGAAAUCACUAAACCGAAACGGAAGAGCAAAGAAACUCGUCAAUCUUCUCCAACACAAAUUGAAAAUGAUUUCAUCGACCGAGAGCCCAAAGUAGAGUCACAAAAAAGUGAAAUUAUUGAUUUUCCUUUCCCAUCAGCUACACACAGCGAUACGAGGCCGGAUGAACAUUUAUUGGCCAAACCUCCCCAAGUCAGUCUCGAAAAAACGCCCAGUAUCAUUUCCGACCUUGAUCACAAUAGCUCCGAAUCUGAAAGGGACUCGGAAAUCGAUUUUAUAAGAAACAAAGCUGAGAGGGUUGUCGAAGAACUACCUGAUGAACGUAAAGGCUUGUGUUACGAGGAAAGCUUCGAGGAAGAUCUUCCAUAUGUGCCGACCACAUUGCCGAUGGAAAAAAGCGUCGCCGUGCCCAUUUUACCGAUUAAACAACGCGUACAGGAAGUCAGGACGAUACCAACGGAACGACCGAGAUCGACGACACCGAUAAACCCAACGCUUCUGGAUGAGUUUGUGAUGCAAACGCCGCACGACGAGAAGCGUACAGACAGAAUGAAAAUAUCGUUGCCACGUGAGGACAGUUUCAAGUUGAAAAGUCCGCGCAAGCAUCAGACAAAUACGUUCACAGAAUUCGCAGGUCGAGUUGUGUUGGACGGGAAUCGUCGAGUGACAGGAAAGUCGCCGAGCCCACCGCCGCCGUUGCCGCCGAGAGCACCAGCUGUUCGUCCCACCAAUUGGAUUAAUUUUGAAGAAAUUCCAGAGCGUCGGAAAGCUCCGAAGAGAAUUCAAACUAUUCCACGAACGGAGGAGGACUCGAAGGGCGGUUACAGUUACGUACAACCGGAGGAGUGCAGAUGCGAGUGUCACGAGGAAUCGCGAAAAAAUCCAUCCGCCUCAAGUUCAACGAGCACCUCGAAUCUUCCCACAAACGUCAACGUGACCCCUGGAAACACCUCCGGUGCAAGAACAUCUUCGACCUGUGGAACGAACGGUGAACGUUCCUGUAACGGUGACAAUUGUUCCAACGUACCAGCCCCACUACCGCCGCCAUCGUCCGGUGAUCGUGCCAGCAUCGUCAGUGACAGCUCCCUCGACUACAGCCUCAGCAUCGAGGAUCAUCUCAACAAUCAAACGAAUCUGCUACCAUCCAUGACACCCUUCUCCAUGGAUCUCGAUGUUGGAUCGAAUCGAUCGAGCCUCAUCUCUCAAGAGGACAACGAUGAUCCUCAUCCCGCUUAAUACCAACAACCGCAACACUAUCUUUUUCAAUUGAGCUCUAUAAGUCGUCUUUUCUUCAUUCUUUUCAGUCAAACUAUGAGAAUUUUACAUACAUCGGACGCUCUAUUCGAUUGUCUCUGUUCAUUCGUAUAACAAUUUAUUAUAUUUCGUAUUGAUUUUCGCUUUUCUAAAUGUGAAUUUAAUCGAUUAUCAACGUAAUACCUCUUUUUUAAUUUUAAUUUUUCUGACUUUUUUACAAAUUUUCCUGCGAAUAAUGAAUGUAAUUACGAAAUUUGUCAUUCUCCGAGUUAAAACUUUGCAAUCGUGUGAUUUUCUCGGUACACUAUCGUCGGAUGAACUCUACCAAAUAGUUUUUCGGAACAGUUGUUGUUGUUGUUCGGAGGAUAAAUGAAAAUAUAUAACGGAACAAUUGGGAGUUUCGUUUUCCCUCGUACUGAGAAAGUUUGGAAUGUGCUAGGUAGAUUGAAAAGCGUGAAAUUGUAUCUGCGAAAGCUCCGUGCCGAGCCUGUUGAGAGAGUUUGACCCUGUUGCGAGUGCUCGAACAACACGGGCCUGAAACAUUUGUUACGUUGUUCCGCGCAGAUUGAUAUUGCGACUAUCAAUCAACAGCUCACGAUGUACAGAAUUUCACAAAAAUUCAUUCGAAAAAACCCACGUUGGAAAACGAUCAACUGUGAGCCAUAGUGAAAGACGAAAAUAUUUCUCGAGACCAUUUGAUCACGGAAUUUCAUGAUCUUUUCUCGCAAUUUCGAAUUCAAUUUUCGGGACGUUCUGUAUAUAUAAAUGUGUAUACUAGUUAGAAAAACAUUUUUCGACCGAUGGACAUUGAAAAGUUGAUUGGAUCGGAGAUGAGACCAAGGAAAUGUGAAAUUUUUCAAAUUCCACGAUCCAGAUAUAAACUUAUUUAUAAACAAAGUCUUCGUUGACGUCAAGUGCAACAAUUAAAAGGUCACGAUAAAUUGCAUUCGUUUUCUAUUUAAAGUCAAUUUUUUUUAUUACUCUUAUACAUUUUUGUUAAUGAACUACUACACUUAGGUCUUAUUAAGAUUUUUUCAUUGAUUCUAUCUCAAUUUGAUAUUAAGUUGCUUCGCCAAUUUUGCUUCCCGAAUUACGUUAAUUGUAUAGAGGAGCGAAUUAUUAUUGAUCAUUAUUCUUAUUACUAAAUAAAGAAUAAAAUCAUGAAAAACUGUAGAUUUUAUCAGCGGUUCAUUCGAAAAACUCAUCAAAAUUAUCAUCGAUUUUUCUAGAAAAGGGAAAACAUACAUAUAUUAAUUAAGUUAUUUAUCGAUGUAGGAAUUGCGGAGGGAAACCAUCCGCGAUUCAACCGAAAUCCUUGUUGAUGUUGUAAAAAAAACCAAAAUUACGGUUCUACUCGCACCAAUCUCUUUUCCUUUUCGUGUUUUAGUAUUAUCAAAUCACGUAGAUAUAUCAAUUCAAAUUCAUAAUCAAACUCGCGAUCGUUUUCGAGCGACAAAAACAAACGAAAAAGUCAUUUUAUCACGAUUUAUAGAGUGUGUAAGAAGGUUGAUUGGGCGUUCCAAAAUCGAUACUCGAACACAUAGUCGUCGAAUUCGUCGAUAAUAUCACAUUAUCGAAAAUUGCUUUAAAACACAAUCUUGCGGGCUGAGAUUUGUGGAAUCUGAAAUUUUGACUUUCGUGCAUUCGAAAAGAAAAGUGUCUUGAAUUGAAAUGAAUUCAUGCACUUUUUCCAACAGGAAAGCAAAUUCACGUCAUUUUCAUCUCUCCGUCAAAGUUCUUUGGUUAUCAUUAUCAUUAUACUGAAAUCUUAAGUUUGAGUUUAAACUCGCUGGAAAACGACAAAAUCAAAACAAAAUGAAAUUUUCAUUUUCACAAUUAUCGAUGAGGAUAGCAGAGUUUGAUUUUCUUCUUCGUUAAAGAAACAACAAUAACAAAAGAAGCUAAUGGAAAAAUCUCAAUGUUUCUCAUCGCAUGGUUCUCAUUCAUUGGCCCAUUAUUCUUCUCGACGCGUCUAUGCCAAUAUUGACUCGAGCUCUUUUCUCCCGAAGAUUCAUUGAACGUAUUUUCUACGCGAUAAGAGAACAAAGAAACUAUACUGUGUUCAAACGAAUAACUAAUUCACUAAAUGAUUACAUAUUAUGAAUAAAUGAUAAAUAUAGCGCUAGUAUGAAUAUGUAUCGUAUUCGAAAUACGAUUAAGAGUUCACGGACUCUUUGAACAUCGAUGUACCAGCUGUAUUCAAAUAUUUCCCGAAACCAACUUGAUUUUUACGAAGCUUGACAUUUUUAUCGAUUUAUCAUGUUUAUCGCCACUUUUUUCGCAGCCUGGUACAAAGAAUUUCAAAUCAUACAAAAACAAACAAUAAAGUACUAUUCGACGUUCCAAGCAAAAGUGCGUAAUGGAAUUGAUGAAUACGAGUAACCUCAAAAUCUGUUCGAAUCAGAGUUUUCACCCUGCCAAAUAAAAAAAUCUUUCCAAGAUUGUUUCGUUUGAGCGUGUCGUUGGUCGGAACAUUUGUAACCAAAAUCUCAAUCAUGCUCGUUUUCAAUUUCUGCCUCGGUAGUAAAUAUCUUUAUUCUCAUUUCCCGACAAAACUUUCAUCGUUUGUUGAUAUAAGAAACCCUUGUAUUUGAUAAAUUUACUGAAAAAAAAAAACAAACAAAAAACAAAAAUAGGGUUAGAAAACUCUGUUUCCCGUAAACCACGUGAUCUUGACACGAUAGUUCCCGAAGCGUCCGCAUCAGAUGCCGCGUCACACUAUAUAACGAUAUGUAUAUCUAUAUAUAUAUAAAUAUGAUGUAUUUUACAAACACCGGAUUUACACACAAAACCGGAAGCAACAAUUAUUCAAUUAAAAUCUCGCCUCGUACCAAAAAAGAAGACAAAAACAAAGACAAUUAACACGAUUACGAAAUUAUGCGAAAUAUUGAUUGGAAAGUUAUUGUAUAUUGUAAAACUUUUACGUUGCCCGCGCGAGAAAGAGCGAGAGAGAGAGAGAGAGAGAGACGGAAUGCCUGCGGUGUGUACAUGAAAGAAAAGCAGCAGUUUUUUUUCGGAACUCCGAUGUGUAGAAAAAUAACAAAUCGAGAUGUAACCUCGUUAUUUAUCUCUUAUGCGUAUUGACUUGUAUGAGUUCUCGAAAAAAAAAAAAAAAAAAUAAUAAUCGCGAAGAUAAACCCAUUUUCACUCCUAUCGUGUUGCAUAAAUAAAAAAAAAAAUGAUUAAUUUACUCCAGUUUUUCUUGCAUCCUGAGGAAAUUCGAAGGGUGGAAACCGAAAAAGUAGAAAAAGAAUUUGCUCUUGAUGACAAUCGCACACGAUCAUUUUUUGCGAAGCGUCGUAGCCAAAUGAUGAAAAAAAGUAUUUGGAUAUAAUUAACCUAAUAUGUCGCGGAAAGUCCCUAUAGCAAUAAACUCGGAAAAAAAUAAAAAAAAAAGAGCAACCCAAAGUCAUACGACUCGAUUAAAGACGCGUACAAGUAUAAGCAAAGAAUAUUUGAAUGUUUCUAAUGUUAUGUAAAUAAGACUUAUCGAACAGAAUUAUGAAGGAUGAAGGAAACAAAAGAAUGAGCAUGCAAGAGAAAAGUCACAUUUUCAAGUAUACUAAAAAACAAAAUGAAACAAAAAGAAAAUACAAUUGAAAUCGUGCGUACGAUGGGGAGAAAAUCGUACCGCGUGAAGGGUUCGAAAGAAAUAAAAUGUUUAUGUGUUUUCA